AGUGCGAUUCGAAUGGCGUAACCUCGGCUACCGAUUGAAGGGAGCGUUAAGUAACGCCGCCAGUGAAAAAAAAGGGCCACAUCUUACACGAAUCCUUUCGAACUGCCAAGGGUGCCCACUGUGACCGUGAGCCUGAGAACGGCACGAUACACAACACAACAGGUCGGCAACAAGUCCGACACCGCAAAGAACCUUUCGAAGCGUGGCGAUGGCGUCGUCGCAGAAAUUCCUCACGAUUCCCGGUGCCAGUGCACUGGCACUGCUGGGGCUGACGAUGAUGUUGUGGCUGACGACGAGCAUCGGGGCUCUCGAAGUUGGAGCACCCCAGACGCCGACGCCAUCCGAGUCGCCGGCUCAGAGUGCGACCCAACCGCCCCAGGCGACGGCGGACGGCGAAAACAAGUUUCUCAAAUAUCUGUUCAACAAGUACGGCAGCAAGGGAGUGAUCUCCUUCGAGGGCCUGGAACAUCUGAUGCACAGUCUCGGUCUGGGAGGGCUGGACUUUAGCGGUUCGCACGGCCUCAAGGAGCACCGUCCGGAAGGGUACGACUUCGGAGAUUACGACGUCUACGGUGGCAGCAAGCAACCGCCGUCCCAUCGCCACGAUCGGGAUGACUCAACACCGGAGCCACCGGUGAUAACGUUCGCCAGCACGUUCCCGGACACCGCCGGUGGCCACCAUCACCACACGGGACAUCGGCACACAAGUGCUGCUAGCAGCGGAACCGCUGGUCCCACCAGUACGGUUACAACGACCAGCACCACUAGCACGGUGGAACCUACAUCCCGCGAGGCCACCGUCAGCCCGCCAGAUGAACACCCGGCGCCACUAGAUAGCGAUGGCGACAGUCGCGUCUGGCAAGAGAUGAUCUUCAAAGAAAUUCACGAUCCUCGACACCGGCAUCCGCGGAAUAAAAAUGUGCCAUACUGCUUAUCACCGAUGUCCAUCGUGCACCUGGUGAUGGAGGAACCGGUGCUGGCAAAACACCACAACCAUCGCCGGGAGCGAUCCCUGGCACAUAACCAUGCGGAGGACAGUGACGAACACGAACUCGAGGUGCUGGCUGACGACGCGAGGAUCGAGAUCACGCCGUCCGAGUUUAAGGAUCUUUGUCCCGCGUUUCUGGUGCAGCUUGAUCAGCGUGCCUGCACCCAGAAGCUCCAGAAGGAAGCCAACCCUCAACGGGAAAAGAAACCGUUCUCGCAAGCAUGGAUCUACGCCUCCGCCUGCGUUCUGGUCAUCUCGCUGUGCGGCCUGGUGGGAGUGGCGAUGGUGCCAUUAGCCAAGUCCAUCGCCUACGACGAAAUACUGAGGUUCCUGAUUGCACUCGGCGUUGGAACGCUGUGCGGUGAUGCACUGAUGCACCUGCUGCCCCACGCACUGCUUCCACAUGACCACCACGAGCAUCACGGUGAUCACCAUGGGCCGGAGCACGGUUCGUCACCGGAAACGAGAGCCAUGUGGCUGUGUUUGUGCACCUUCGGGACGGCAUUCUUUAUGUACAGCUUGGAGAUGAUUCUGCCACUGUUUCGCGAUGGGGACACACACGGUCACUCGCAUAGCCACAGUUCGCACAGUAAUAGGGUCGAACCGCGAUCAGCUGUGGCCGGACCACCUAGUGGCCAUCAUCACGCGGAUGACAUCGAGCUGGAGCACUCCGAGGUGACGAAGGAGAAGGAAGCGAACACGAUGCUGGCGAAAAAGAGUCCCCGGAAGCCAAUGACGGCCGUCGCCUUCAUGGUGGUUCUAGGCGACGGACUCCACAACAUAACGGACGGGCUGGCGAUCGGUGCCGCGUUUGCGAUCGAUCCCGUCACCGGACUGGCAACGUCGUUUGCCAUCCUCUGCCACGAGCUGCCACACGAGCUGGGAGACUUUGCGCUGCUCCUGCAAACCGGUGUCAGCAUCCGAAGGGCCAUCUUCCUUAACAUAGUAUCGUCGGUCCUGAGCUUUAUCGGAAUGGCCCUAGGAUUACUGCUGACUGGGCUGCACGAGUCGGUCGUUAGCUGGAUCUACGCGGGAACGGCUGGCACUUUCCUGUACAUCGCACUGUCGGAUCUGGUGCCGGAGAUGCGAAACGAUCUGGCCAACAGCGAACAGAAGCUGAAGCUUAUUGUUAUUCAACUCGCAGGGCUGACACUGGGGGCCAUAAUUAUGCUGCUGAUAGCCCUGAACGAGGAAGCCCUUCAGCAGUUAUUUGACUAGGUGCUAGGUAGUAGAAGACAAUGUAAAUAAAGAUUUUAUGAGAUUUUUA